ACAUUAUCGGAAAAUGGGCAAGAGAGUUCACUACAUAAUUCUGCCAAUGAUUCUGGCCACGAAACAUCAUCACCCGAUUUACCACUAACACCAGUGGAGGAAGAAACCGUUUCACCUGCAAAAACCGGUAACAACGAUGAGGCAUUAUGUCCGAGUGAUGAAUGUGAAGCAACAUUUCGCAUCCGUAUUGUUGCACCUGGUGCAGAAUCGUUUGAUUUGCAGGUAAGUUCGAAUGAAAUGGUGCAGGAGCUACAUCAGGUGCUAUUAGAACGUGAAGCAACAUGUCAUCGUACGUGUUUCAGCUUGCAGUUAAAUGGCGUUUCUUUGGAUCAUUUUACCGAAUUGAAAAAUGUUGCUGGUCUUACAGAUGGAUCUGUAUUGAAAGUUGUCGAAGAACCAUAUACAACUCGAGAAGCUCGAAUUCAUGUUCGACAUGUUCGUGAUUUAAUUCGUUCUCUUGAUAUGUCUGAUGCUGUUAAUGGUACUGAUGGUGCAUCACUAUCAUAUCUUCCUACAGUGAUACUAGGUGAUCGUAAAAAGAAUGCUCAAAAAUCAUUAGAAUGUUCUCCGCCAGAUUAUGUCCUGCCAGGUUAUAAAGAACGUCCAUUAAUACCAUUACUGCCAGUAAUGAAUGACCCUGUGUUAGCGUUAAAAAGUUUGGCAAUUUCACCGUUUAAUCCACCAUCAGGACAUCGAAAAUUGAAGGGAGACGUUCUCUAUUUGGUGGUUGAAACACGAGAAGGACGACGUUAUCACAUAACUUGCUGUACGAAAGGCUUUUAUGUGAAUGCAACUACUGAAGCAGGUUUCCAACCAACACCUUCACCAUCCCAUAGAGUUAUUCAUCACUCAUUGUUGGAUUUGCUUUCAUCGAUUAGUAUUUCGUUUAAACGAGCUAUGGUGUUGAUUUUGAAGAAACGUUCUGAAAAGCAUAUUUUCGAGCGAUUGCCAACACCAUAUCAGGUAAAUUCCUGGGUAGCACCGAUAUUCGAGCAAAACGAAGAUGGAAUUCGCGCAGAAGACUGUACACAGCCUCAUAAAAUUGGUCUUGAAGAUCAUAUUCCAGGACAAAUUCGUGAUUGGAACGAGGAGUUACAAACAACCCACGAGUUGCCACGUGAAACACUCGUUGUCGAUGGAAACGUUGUUGCAAUAAAUCCGGCGGAUGAACCGCGAACGCAUAUGUAUAUAUGGAAUAACAUAUUUUUUUCACUUGGGUUUGAUGUUAAAGAUCACUACAAGGAAUUGGGAGGCGAUGCAGCUGCUCAUGUGGCAACAUCGAAUGAUUUACAAGGUGUACGAGCUUAUGCGCAACUUGAUAAUCCAAAACUUUUUACUUUGGGUAUGGUCAUAGUUGACUACAAGGGAUUUCGGGUCACUGCGCAAUCGAUUAUACCAGGUAUUUUGGAAAGAGAACAGGAGCAAAGUGUUGUUUACGGGUCGGUCGAUUUUGGCAAAACAGUUGUUAGCUCUGAGGAAUAUCACGAUUUACUAUCGAAGCCAGCAGAGCAGUUGAAAAUUUUACCUCAUGAAGUUUAUAGUGGCAAGGGUGACGGAAAAAUCAUUAAACUGUGCUCAUCUUUUGAAACUAAAGGUAUUGUUGGAAACGAUUCGCGACAUUAUAUUUUAGAUCUAUUACGAACUUUUCCACCAGAUGUAAAUUAUCUUGAAGAUGCAGAAGUAACGGAUAUUUGUAAAGCAAAUGGGUAUCCACGUGCGUUUCCUCAUAAGCUUGCUUUGCUGAGGCAGGAACUAAUUGAAGCUUUCGUCGAGUGCCGUUAUUUGACGUUUAUUCGUGUAGCUGCAUAUCAUGUGCAGCAAAAUAGACUAGGAUUAUUGGCAGCGGGAGAUGAUGAUAAUAAUGAAGCGAAGGAGAAGGAAGAUGUCGUUCAGAAAGUGGACGGACUCAACUGCACGACGCAGGAGGAUGCAAUUAUGAGUCAAAUUAAGAGUGAAACAACUGUUGAUGUGAAUGUUGAUGAGAUACCGUUGCUGGAAACUGAAACAGCGAGAAAAAUCAUGGAAGAAGUUAUUAACAGUGAUGAAAAUAAAUCUGACAAUUUGGACAAAGAAAUAUCUGAGCAGGUAAUGGCAAAAGCAGCAAAGGCAGUAGGAUCAAUUCGUACGGAUGCAUUUGAUAUAAGGUUUAAUCCGGAUUGUUAUUGUACAACGGUACGUCAUGCUGAGAAUGAAGAUAUUGCAAAGCAGCGACGUUUGGUAGCUGAAGCAGCAGAAUUUUUAGUUGUACAGCAGUUGCCAAAUUUCGUCCGUGACUGUUUGCAACGUACGAUAAUGCCAUUGGAUGGUGCAUCACUUAGUGAUUCGUUACAUUCACAUGGUAUUAAUAUACGAUAUCUAGGUAAAUUGACGAAAUAUAUCCAAAAUAUUAGGCAGCUGACAUAUCUUAAGGUCAUCUGUAUUACUGAGUUGUUAUGUCGAUGCGCAAAACAUAUCUUCCAAGGUUAUCUGCAACCUGUGUCAGUAGCACAUACAGCAGCGGCAGUAUCCCAUUUUUUGAAUUGUCUUCUAAGUCCAUCAACUGAACCUUUAUCACCAUCUAAUGAAGAAUUAUUUAUGCCAGCAAAUGGUGUUAGAAAAUCGCGAUCAUCGAAGCGUCGGAAACAGACUAACAGUGGUGGCAAAGAAAAUGAUGACUGGGCGCAAAUGUCAUCGCAUAGUCUUUGGGAACGGGUCAAAUCAAACGCUGAUUUUUAUUAUGCGUUUACGGUUGAUGAAGAAAAUAUUGAUGCAUAUUUGUCCACAGUUGGAAUUCAAAAAACUUCUUUUUUACGGCGUUUUGUACAAAUAGUUGGAAUUCAGAUGCUUUUGCGGGAUUACAAUUUAGAAACAGGAAAAAAAUCUCAACUGUUCUUUGAAGAUGAUAUUCAAGGUUUAUAUUGUCGAGCGAAACAUGUUGAUCCGAAAGCUAUGGAUGCCCAUAGUUUGUUUCUUUCUGGACAAACUAAAGUACAGCAGGGUCAGUUGCGUGCAGGAUUUGAUUUAGUAUUGGAAUCCCUUAACCUGAUGAAUAGUGUAUAUGGUGCGGUGCAUUCCGAUAUGGCGCAGUGUAUGCGUUUACUUGCCCGUCUUUCAUAUAUUCUUGGAGAUCCAUCGGAGGCACUAUCACAGCAGCACAAAGCAACGUUGAUGAGUGAGCGUUGUAGUGGCUUGGAUAGUUCUAAUACCGUUAUUGAAUAUUUGAAUCUCGCUCAUUUUUCGUUUGCAAAUCUUCAUAUUGCUGCUGCAUUGAAAUUACUUUAUCGAGCUCGUUAUCUAUUAUUGCUUAUUCACGGAGAAAAUCAUCCAUUCAUGGCCGAAAUAGAUGCUAAUAUUGGCGUUAUAUUGUAUGCCGUGCAAGAAUUCGAUGAUGCAUUGAAAUUUCUCCAAAAUGCACUGAAAUUACACCUAACCUACUUAGAACCCCAAGCUUUGAAAACAGCGCUUAUAUAUCAUUUGAUGGCAAAGACUUAUUCGUGCCGUGGGGAUUUCCGCACUGCCCUACAGAUGGAAAAGGAAACAUUUACAAUUUAUUCAAAAACGUUUGGCAAUGAUCAUGAAAAGACCAAAGAAAGCAGUGAGUGUUUGAAACAUUUGACGCAACAAGCUGUUACUUUCCAAAAACGUAUCAAUGAAGCUAAUCGGCAAGGUUCUAACAAUAUUGGACAGCUUCUCCCCGUUGAGAUUCAUCGUCCGUCAUUGCACAGUGUACUAGAAGUAUUAAAUAUAUUGAAUGGAAUAAUAUUUAUACAACUCAAAGGUGUUCCGACAUUGGAAGUAAGUGAAAGGGAUGAUGAAUUGGGAAAUAACAAUAAUGAUAAGACAUUGGAAAAUACGGCCAGUAAUAUGAAGAAGGAUGAAAAUAAUGAUGAUACCGCGACAGUUUCGUCACGACUACAGUUGGAUAAUAUUAUGGCUAUUAUGAAUGGUAGCGGUAUUGCACAAGCCAUGCAAGAAGUUGCCUUAGAUUAA